AUGUCGGGCUCAAUGCAUAUGUCCCGUCUCCGUAAUUGGUUCCUCUCAUCUCCGCCCGUCGAAUACGCCAUUACGAGCCUCAAGGAGCUGCUGAUCGGCGCACUCCAACAGGGCCCUAUUCCGCAACAUGUCGCUUUUGUCAUGGACGGCAACCGCCGAUUCGCUCGGUCCCAUGGAAUUGAAACGGUCGAAGGACACAACCUAGGGUUUGAGGCUUUGGCAAGAAUCCUGGAGGUGUGCUACAAGAGCGGAGUCAAGGUCGUCACGAUAUAUGCCUUUAGCAUCGAGAAUUUCAAACGGUCCAAGUUCGAGGUGGACGCGCUGAUGGAAAUCGCAAAAGUGAAGCUGUCGCAGAUGGCCCAGCACGGAGACAUCCUCGAUCGAUACGGAGCCCGAGUCGAUGUUCUAGGCCGCCUGGACCUGCUCAAGCCGGAUGUUUUGGAGGCCGUGAACAAGGCCGUCGAUAUGACCAGCCGCAACGGAGACCGCGUCCUCAACAUCUGCUUCCCUUAUACAUCCCGCGACGAAAUCACCGGCGCGAUCCGCGACACGGUCGACGACUACAGCACACCUAUUCCACAGGCGCCCUCCGCUGCUACGGCUGCUCGCACUCCAUUCUCGGAGUCUCACAUUACCAACAACAUCCGCGCCCAGACAAAAUCAUACGACACGCCCAGCGACUCCGAAUCCACCUCUAGCUCUUCCGCGCAGGAAGACGACCACCCCCGAAACGACCGUGGUAUAUACGAGUCCGGCUCAUCCUUUUCGUCCUCCACCACUCUGCAUCUCGGCCCCGAAUCCAAAGGAUCACCCCACCGACCCGCCAACAACCAAAGUCCCCUCUAUAUCUCCCCCGAAACCAUUACCCGUCAAACGCUGAACGAUCACAUGCUCACCAAGGGCACGCCACCCUUGGACAUCCUCGUGCGCACGUCCGGCGUGGAACGCCUGAGCGAUUUCAUGCUCUGGCAGACCCACGAGAACACCGAGAUCGUUUUCUUGGACGUCAUGUGGCCCGAGUUCGACCUCUGGCACUUUUUGCCAGUGCUUCUCGGGUGGCAGCGCCGGAUCUCCAAGGCUCGGCAGGACCCCGAUGCCGAGGGGAACUUUGCCGGCGAAGAAGAAAUGGACAUGCUGCUGCGUCAAGCCUGCCGUACCCUCGAGAGCGCCCAAGCUCUCUCCGGCGGCUUCAAGAACACCAAGGCCAUCUCCCUUGAUGUCAACGAUGCCGCUGCUCUUGACAAGGCCCUCGAGCAGGCUGAUGUUGUUAUCUCCCUCAUCCCUUACACCUUCCACGCCACCGUUAUCGAGUCCGCUAUCCGCACCAAGACCAACGUUGUGACCACAUCCUAUGUCUCCCCUGCCAUGCAGGCUCUUGAGGAGCGCUGCAAGGAAGCCGGCAUUGUCGUCAUGAACGAGAUUGGUCUUGACCCUGGUCUUGACCACCUCUACGCCGUCAAGACCAUUGACGAGGUUCAUGCUGCUGGUGGCAAGAUCCUCGAGUUCAUCUCUUUCUGUGGUGGUCUUCCCGCCCCCGAGUGCUCCAACAACCCUCUCGGAUACAAGUUCUCCUGGUCUAGCCGUGGUGUCCUCCUUGCUCUCCGCAACGCCGCCAAGAUCUACCGUGGUGGUGAGAUCGUCAGCAUUGACGGCCCCGAGCUGAUGGCUGCCGCCAAGCCCUUCUUCAUCUACCCCGGUUUCGCCUUCGUCGGCUACCCCAACCGUGACUCCACUCCUUUCCGUGAGCGCUACAACAUCCCCGAGGCCCAGACCGUCGUCCGCGGUACCCUCCGCUACCAGGGCUUCCCCGAGAUGAUCAAGGUCCUCGUCGACAUUGGCUUCCUCAACGAUGCUCCCAACAGCGUCUUCGACAAGGCCACUUCAUGGAAGGAGGCUACCAAGCAGGUUCUUGGCGCCACCUCCUCUUCCGAGAAGGACCUCCACUGGGCCAUUUCCUCCAAGACCAACUUCCCCAACAACGAGGAGCGUGACCGUCUCCUCUCCGGUCUUCGUUGGAUCGGUCUCUUCUCCGAUGAGCAGACCAUCCCCCGCGGAAACGCCCUCGAUACCCUCUGCGCUACCCUUGAGCAGAAGAUGCAGUACGCCCCUGGUGAGCGUGAUCUCGUCAUGCUGCAGCACAAGUUCGAGAUCGAGAACAAGGACGGCUCCAAGGAGACCCGCACUUCCACCCUGUGCGAGUACGGUAACCCUGCCGGUUACUCUGCCAUGGCUAAGUUGGUUGGUGUCCCUUGCGGUGUUGCUGUUAAGCAGGUCCUGGAUGGUACUAUUACCCAGACUGGUGUCCUUGCUCCCAUGACCAUGGAUAUCUGUGCUCCUCUCAUCAAGACCCUGAAGGAGGACUACGGCAUCGAGCUCAUCGAGCGCACUCUGUAA